CGCUGAGAGCGCGAAUGAAAGCAGAACUCCGGCAGGGAGAGAGGGGAAAAAGAGAGAACUUCGUGAUUCCACUACACACAGACAGAUACGGGAUAAAAGACGAGUCCGUGGACAGUUCUUAUAGACAUUUUUGUUUAUUUUCUUUUUAAAUCAACGUUUGUAGUGGAUGUAAAGGGACUAAAAUAGAUUAGGAGGAAUGUAUCCUGAUCGGGCAACAGUGACCCACCGUCUUCUGAUAUGUCAUCUUAACAUUCUCCGGGCCAUGGUGCUACUGCAGGCAGUUUUAGAGAUGACUGCGACUGGCUCUGACAUCUCCCUGGACCCCAGUCUGGUAGCCAGCUCCCCUUGGAACAGCUCAGACCUGUUCCUUCGUCUGGAUGCUCCCAUGAACAACAUUACCACGUCUCUGGGGCACACGGCCGAGCUUCUGUGUCGCGUGUCCGGUAACCCCCCUCCCACGGUGCGCUGGCUGAAGAACGAUGCCCCCGUGGUCCAGGAGCCGCGCCGAAUCUCCUACAGGCCCACGCCGUACGGCUCGCGUCUCCGCAUCCGCAACUUAGACACCACGGACACGGGCUACUUCCAGUGCGUAGCGACCAACAGCUACGGCACCGUCUCCACCACUGGAGUGCUCUUCGUCAAGUUCGAUCCACUCCCAACCCCUCUGCCAGGAAGACCGUCUCCGGAUGAUUUUGAUGAGGAGGGGUUCUGCCAGCCAUACAGGGGCGUGGCCUGUUCUCGGUUCAUUGGAAACCGCAGUAUCUUCGUGGACUCGCUACAGAUGCAGGGCGAGAUUGAAACCCAGAUCACCGCUGCCUUCACCAUGAUUGGAACGUCCAACCACCUUUCCGAUCGCUGUUCCCAGUUCGCCAUCCCGUCACUGUGCCACUUCGCCUUCCCUACGUGUGACCGCAGCUCUGGGGCGGACAAACCCAGGGACCUGUGCAAGGACGAAUGCGAGAUCCUGGAGAAUGACCUGUGCAAAACGGAGUACAUCAUAGCCCGUUCCAACCCCAUCAUUCUGAAAAGACUGAAGCUGCCCAACUGUGAAGACCUGGCUGCCCACGACAGCCCUGACGCCCUCAACUGUCUGAGGAUAGGAAUCCCCAUGGCAGAGCCCAUCAACAAGAACCACAAGUGUUUCAACAGCAGUGGUUCAGACUACCGCGGGACGGUCAGUAAAACCAGGUCCGGUCGUCAGUGCCAGCCCUGGAACUCCCAGUACCCCCACAGCCACGCCUUCCAGGCAGCGCGGUACCCUGAGCUCAGCGGAGGCCACUCCUACUGCCGUAACCCCGGCAACAAGCAGGAGGGACCGUGGUGUUUCACCCUGGACGAGGGGGUCCGCAUGGAGCUCUGUGACAUCCCCCUCUGUGACUUUAAGGAGCCACACGGAGGCGGUAACAUGGAGAUCCUCUACAUCCUGGUGCCGAGCGUAGCCAUCCCCCUAGCCAUCGCCUUGCUGUUCUUCUUCAUCUGCGUGUGCCGUAACAACCAGAAGGCUGCCCGACCCCCGACGCCCAGACAGCCCAAACCCGUCAGGGGACAGAAUGUGGAGAUGUCCAUGCUGACCAACUACAAACCCAAGAGUAAGGCCAAGGAGCUUCCUCUAUCUGCGGUCCGGUUCAUGGAGGAGCUGGGUGAAUGUGCGUUCGGUAAGAUCUACAAGGGCCAUCUGUACCUGCCUGGUAUGGAGCACGCCCAACUGGUGGCCAUCAAGACCCUGAAGGACUACUCCAGCCCCAGCCAGUGGGGGGACUUCCAGCAGGAGGCGUCGGUCCUGUCGGAGCUUCAGCAUCACAACGUGGUGUGCCUCCUGGGCGUGGUGACCCAGGAACAGCCUGUCUGCAUGCUGUUCGAGUUCCUCAACCAAGGAGACCUCCACGAGUUCCUCAUCAUGCGCUCUCCCCACUCGGAUGUGGGCUGCAGCAGUGACGAGGACGGAACCGUCAAGUCCAGCCUGGACCACGGAGACUUCCUGCACCUCGCCGUACAGGUGGCUGCUGGAAUGGAGUAUCUGGCUAGUCACUUCUUCGUCCAUAAGGACCUGGCGGCGCGUAACAUCCUAGUGGGAGAACAGCUCCAUGUCAAGAUCUGUGACCUGGGCCUGUCCCGAGAGAUCUAUGCGUCCGACUAUUACAGAGUCCAACCCAAGGCUUUACUCCCCAUCCGCUGGAUGCCUCCGGAGUCCAUCGCCUACGGGAAGUUCACGACGGAGUCGGACAUCUGGGCGUUCGGCGUGGUGUUGUGGGAGAUCUUCAGCUACGGCCUGCAGCCCUACUACGGCUUCAGCAACCAGGAGGUCAUGGAGAUGGUUCGAAAACGUCAGCUGCUGCCCUGCCCAGAGGACUGCCCCCCCCGGGUCUUCAGCCUGAUGACAGAGUGCUGGCAGGAGGGCCCUGCCAGGCGUCCGCGAUUUAAGGACAUCCACAGUCGUCUCCGGGCCUGGGAAGGCCUGUCGUCACAUGCCAGCUCUAGUACCCCGUCGGGAGGCGGGGGCAAUGCCACCACCCAGACCACGUCAUUGAGCGCCAGUCCUGUCAGUAACCUCAGCAACCCGCGCUAUGCCGCCGCCGCAGGUUACCUCUACCCAGCCCAAGGCAUUCCCGCUCCAGGUCAUCCAGGCCACCAGAUGGCAGGCUGGACCCCUAUGACCCAUGGAGCGCCCAUGGCCCAGAACCAACACCAACGUUUCAUACCCGUCAACGGGUACCCCAUACCCCCGGGAUACGCUGCUUUCCCGGCAGCCCACUUCCAAGCCCAGGGCCCACCCAGGGUGGUGCAGCACCUCCCCCCUCCCAAGAGCAGAUCUCCCAGCAGCGCUAGCGGCUCCACCAGUACGGGUCACGUGACCAGUGUGCCGUCCACGGGGUCCAAUCACGAUGCAAACACGCCCCUGCUAUCACACUGCGUGGCAAUAUCUGCCUUGCCGGGGGGUGGGACCAUGCAGGUGUACGGACACAUGUCCCAGAAGGCUUUGCAACAGAUGGACCCCUCGCAGACGUCCGCACUGCUGGCCGACACCAACAGACUCAUGUACAGCGAGUCGGUGAUCACCGCAGACCUGUAAAUAACCCUAGCAACAGUUCCUGUAUUAUAACUCACCCGAUUGAUUUGAUUUGUUCUGUGUUUUUUGUAAGAAAAAUAUUUUAAUUAUGGUUCCAACUUUCUGCCCUGCUUGUAAAUACACGCACGUGAAUUCUGAACGAACAAGAUGCAAAGAUUUAUAUUCGAAUGACUUGUUUUUCAAAAGAGCGAUUGCAAGCCUGUCCUGCGUCCUAUUCUGAGACUCCAACUGCCCUUGUGACGCUCCCCCACUGUGUUCUCUGGACCCUGUGCUGUCAAAGCCCGGGCUCGUCGUCAAUAAUGCACACCGGUCAAUAUAACUGUGUCCCUCAGUGCCUCCCACUGACGUCAGGAAAUCCCAGACUCCCGUUGAAGUUUCCGACCCAAGUUUGACGGGCGCAGGCUUAUGUGGAAUGAAUCGAGCUCCUGUUGAUUCUGCUGGGUACUCCUGGGAGCGCCGGGAUUUGCCACAGCGGGGUUGUGUUGUAGCAUGGACCGAACAGGGCCACGUUCUGCAGCCCAAACCCAGGUGCGCCGUUGCUUGGACUGGAUCUGGCCAGUUUUGCGGCAGAUGGGGUCUCCUGGUGUGCUGGAGCCAAUAUUGAUCCUCCCUCAGCACAUCUGCCUUGCUGCCAUCCCUGCAGGAAUCCCACGAUGCACUUCUCCUCUCCUCCAGUAGGCUAAGCCCCCCUCUGGGGACAUGUGAUCUUCAAAGACUUGCGAUCUGACUUCAAAGAAGCCUAUGGAGCAUGACGCUGAAGGAAUGAGGCCCUACCUACGCAAGGCUAUGCAAUAAGAUAGCAUUCAUACCCUGUGCCUCACUUUCCACAAUGGCAACUCUCGAUGUCUCUCUCUAUAGACAGAAAAUAUAUAUAUAUAAAUCUAUCUCUUUAUCUCUCUCUGUGUCUUCUUGUCUAUCAGCAUAGGGCUCUAUCAACUGGAAUGUCCCCUAGAAGAAUGCUGUAGGUACAGGGAUUAAACCGAUGAGUGUUUAACCAGUCUGUGUUUCUCUCCUCAACUCUUUCAGUUUCUCAUAUCUGGUAAUAGCAGCUAUGCAAGAUGGCUCUUCAGCCUUUGAUCGACAGUUACAGUAUUUCUUAUUUUUUUUCUUUUUAUAGAAGUGGGGUUGAUACGCGUAUGCUCAACAUUACAACUUAUUUGUCACAACUUUUAAUGUUUGACUGUAGACUGAAUGAAUGAUAAAAUACAGGUGUGAAUAAGAAAUCCUUCCACAUUCCACCACAAGGUUCACAGGAGCAGCUAAAAUACAGUAUUUCACCUCAGUUGAAUGUGUUUGUUGCAGUGAAACUAUAUUAAAAAAGACACCCUUUGCCUGUACAGAAAGAUGACAAUCCUUGGUUUACACUUGGUAACACUUGCCUUCAACGAUAACGUUCGUAUAAUACACUUUGCUGGAUUUGUAAGUACGUCUUCACCUUUUUUCAAAGGAACAUAGUCUGAUAGUGAUGAGAAUUACAAUUGCAUUUGUUUUGUUUAAAUUCCUUAUUAUCUUUAUUUAUGUAAAGCAGGUUAAGCUUCCUAGUACCAGGACUAACACACAGGUAUCCUCUGAUAAUGUAAAAUGCAUUUAGGUGUGCGUAUAUACCAGUUCAAAACCACUUAAACUGAAGACUGUGAACCUUGGGACUGACGUGUCUUCCUUGCAAAAUAUCAAUCUUGUGUCCUAUGUUUUUCUUUUAUGUCAGAUCAGUUUCUUUUUCAAACAACGUGUUUGUGUAUACAUAAAAAUGGUUUACAUGCAUAAUAUUAUAUUGACCAAGACGCCUUGUCUUUGUACUUGUUGAAAGAUUUUUGCACAGAUGUUUUGUAUGGCAAAAUCAUUAUUAAAUAAUUACAUUGUUUGGUCAUAUCUUGUAGCAUUAUUUCUGUUUAUGUUAGUAUCUAUGAAUUGUGAUAUUUGUGGGGUCUGGAUUAUUGAUUGAAGAAAAUUAUAUGUAUGGUUGAAUAAUGUUGUGUUGACUAUAUAGAGCCACAAGGGGGCAGCAAUGACUGGUAAUACCCCAAUUAUUUAUUUCAAAACCACUUGUGACCACACUAUGGUGCAGUUCUGCUAUUUGUCAUAACAUAGUAUGUCCAGUGAUAGUUUGUGAGUCUCAUCUUCAGCAAAAGGCAUGUUUGAUGAUAGCUGAACUGAAUACAUGUUGGCUAAGAUAUCAAUUCUCUUUUCUUUCAUUAAGAAUCAAUGUUUGUUGCCUGUUAUGAAGAUUCUGCUAAGAAAUACCUUACAAAAACACAAUAUUGAAUGUUUAAACCUUUGAAAUCAUUGGAGGAUUUUCUUGUUUUCAUGUCAGUGCAGAAGCCUGAUAUUAUAUAAAUACGAUCUUGCUUGCAUUAUUUGUGUGUGUGUUAGUGUGAAUGUGUGUGUAUCUGGGUGUGUGUUACUGUCAGUGUGUGUAUGUGGGUGUGUGUUACUUUGAACGUGUAUAUAUC